UCUCAUUUAGGUUGCGCCGCUGUUGUGUUUAGUCAAGACAUUCAUCAUGGCGAUGCAUGCGAAAGCGACCCCGCCGCAGAUCCCAGACACACGUCGGGAGCUGUCUGAACUGGUCAAAAGGAAACAAGAACUUGCUGAAACAUUGGUGAACUUGGAAAGGCAGAUAUAUGCUUUCGAGGGAAGCUACUUGGAAGACACUCAGAUGUAUGGGAAUAUAAUCAGAGGUUGGGACAGAUACCUCACCAACCAAAAGAACUCUAACAGCAAGACUGAUAGAAGAAACAGAAAGUUUAAGGAGGCAGAGCGCUUGUUCAGCAAGUCUUCUGUCACUUCUGUUGCGGCUGUAUGUGCGCUGGGAGGAAUACCAGAUCACAUGAAUGAGAAGCGAGAGCCGGGGAGUGGUACAGAGAGCGACACGUCUCCAGACCUCCAGAACCAGGAGAACGAGCCGAGCCAGGAGGACACGGAGGAUCCGGACGCGGCGCUGCAGGACCUGAAGCCCCAGAAGGCCUCCGCCUCAGCGGGGGGCCACCACGGCAGUCACAAGAAGAGGAAGAACAAGAACAGGCAUAGCCCUUCUGCCAUGUUUGAUUAUGACUUUGAGUCAAGUUCCCCUAUUCCAGCUAUGAAAAAAGCUGCUCUUCCGGCCAAAAUGAGAUGGGCAGGCCCAAGGUUUGACAUGAAAGUGAACAAGAAACCUAGGACAGACUAUUCUACUUAAUGAAGAGGAUUUCUCUCCAGAUUAGGAGGCUAGAUUUGGACACCAGACUCUGCAUCGGCAGUGAAACAGACACUCUCUGGAUUGUGUGAUCUCGUGUAUGACUCUGUUAGCUGUCUUCAUUUCUGCAGCUUGCAUUCUGGACAUGGAACAUCUCCCUGCUCACGGCAGUUUGAUCACUAGAUUUGUCUUCAUUCUUUUUCGGCAGACAUGUCCAAAGUGUGUAUGUCCUGCAUGUUGCUAAAGACCAAGGUGAGGUAGCAGAUGUAACUCACACCACAUUGUAUAUUUCAGUAUUUAUUAUGUGACACAAAAUCUGUCUGGAGGAAAACCAGUUUGACAUUUUGUUAAGUGUUUUGGAGCUGUAGACUAUCCACAAAUCAUCUUGUACCUUUUUUUUAUUUCAAAAUUUGUUUUGCAUCCAUUUUAAUAAAACAUGCAGAGAAA